AUGGAAAUAAAUGAAAAUGAUGUUGAAAUAAAAAAUUCAGAUGUUAUAUGGGAAUCAUUAUAUAAUGACUUUGAAGAAAUAACAGACACAAAUAAAAAACAUUUUAAUUAUAUUGAAAAUAGUUUGUACAAUUUUUGCAAAGGAGUACAUUCCUCAGAAAAAGCUAAUUGCAAUUUAAAAAAUCGAAACAAUGAUAUAUAUGGAAAUAAUAAUUGUAAUAAAAAAAAUAAUGAAGAUAAUAAGUUAGAACAAGUUCAAGGUUAUAAUAUUACAAAUUCUGAGGAAAAUAAUAAUCAACUAUCCAUAAUAAAUAACAAUGAUGCCGAUUAUGAUAAUUUAAAAAAAAAAUAUAUUUCAUACGGAAAAAUUUAUAAAAAUGAAAAUGAUUAUUUAAAAAAUAAUUAUGUAGACAAUGAUAGCGAUUAUUUAAAGGCAGAUACACAUAUAAGUUACAACGAUUUUAUAAAUAGUGAUAAAACGCGAAACUCGGAAAAUUUAAAUGUUUCCUUUUCAAAUUUAAGCUCCGAAUUAAAAAAAAAAACACGCGCAAUAAAUAAUGAUGUAAAUAAUGUGAAUGAUGUGGAUAAUGGCCGCAAAAAUCACAACACAAAUGGUAAUGUAAAAAAUGUAGUAUCAUUUAUGAGUGAGUUUGAAAAUACUAAACAAAAUAUUGACAUUAAUAAAAUGAGAAAAAAUUUUCUUAUAAAAAGAAAAGAAGAUUACACAUACUUGUUAAGCAAUAAAAAAAUUUAUGAUGACUCAAAAAGUUGUAGAAGUGAAAUGUUGUAUUCAUCGCGAUUUAGCACAUUUGAUAAUUAUAAAAAAAAAAAUAGUGUACCUAAUAAAUUAAAAAAUAAUAAAAAUUUUGAUAUAAAUACAGAAUUUAAUUUUAAUUAUAAUAAUAGUGCAUUUAGUGAAAUAAAUACUUCUCAUAUAGAUAUCAGAAAUAUAGAAAAAAAUAUGAAUAUAAAUAUAACUAAUUUAAAUUCUUUGGAAAGAUUAGAUAUGUUAUUAAAAAAAAAAAAUAAUAAUUUAGCUAAUAAUUUUAACAAUGGAAAUCCAGAACUAUCUUUCUUUUUAAAUCAUGAAAAAAAUAAUAAUAUAUCAAGAAAAGCUUUAUCACAAUGUGCUAAUAAUGAUUAUAAAAUGUAUUCAUACAUGUUAGAAAAAUUUGAUAAAAUAAAAAAUCCCCAAUUAACAAGUACUAUUGAGGAAACUGAUCAUAAUGAAUUAAUAAAUAGAUCAAAAAAGUUAUUAGAAAUAAGUAAAAAAUGCUUAAGUGAAAAUAAAAAUGGUGAAAAAAAAUAUAAUACAAAUACUUUCAGAGAUAUAAAUUCAAACAAUUUUAAUAAAAAAAGUCAAAAUUUUAUUUUAUCAAAAUUAAUUAGGAAUUGUCAUUCCACUGAUGUUCCUUCUGUUGGUGCUAUUUCUACAUUUAACGAAAAAAUUAAUCCUAAUAAUAUUAUAAAAAAUGGAGAAUACGAAAUUAGUGAUUGUAAAAAUGAAGUAAGCUUAGUUAAACAAGGUUCUAUACAUGGGGGAAAGCAUACCUAUGAACAUUCUGGAAAAAAUUAUAUUAAUCUUAAAAAAGGAAAAGAUAUAAUACCAAGUCCUAGCCCAAUAGAUGUAUUAAGUCAAAUUGACGAUAAAGAAAAAGAAAAAUGUGAAAAGGAAUACAAUAAAUGCUUACAUCAUUUAUUUGAAGCUUAUGAUAAAGAAAAAAUAGAUGAUAUAAAUAUGGCUGAAAAUAAUAUUUUGCAUAGAGGCAAUAGUAGUAUAAUGGAUGCUGAUUCAUAUAAUUUGAAUAAAAACAUUAAUCAAGAUGAAAUACAUAAUGAUAAAAAUGAAAAUAACAAAAUAAAUAUUACAGACUGUAAUGAAUCAUAUAUUUCUAAUUUAAAAGGAAAUAGUAAAACAAAUGUUGGAAUUAGUAAUAAUGCAUCCGAUUUUGAAAAUUUUGAUGAUAAAAAAAGUUAUUUAGGAUUAAACUUCCUAUUUAAUGAUGAUACAAAAGGUAGCAAAAUCAGUGAUAGUAUUGAUAAAAAUAAAAUAAAUGGAUUAAAAUUAUUCCAAAAAAAUAAACAAAAUAUUAAUAAUAUAAAAUGGGAAGACAAACCAUCCAUUUUAAAUGAAUCAAAAGAAGAUGAAGCUACUAAUGAUAUUGAAAACAUUUAUGAUUUAAAAAAUUAUGAAUUUAAUUUAGAUUAUCAAAACUUCGAAGAAAAUUUAAAACAAAGUUGUGAGAAAAAAAUAAGUGAUGAAAUAAAAAUGUUAAAAAAUAAAUUGAUUAACGAAAGAAUUGGUAUAAAUGAUGAUAAUAAUAGUAUUAGUAGCAAAAAAAAUAUAUCAAAUGGAAAUAGCAUAAUAAAUUUGUAUGAAAAUAAUAAAGAUAAUGAGGCUUACACCGAAAAAUUGAAAAAAGAAAUUAUUGAAUACAGAGAUUUGGAGCAUAUACCCGAUGAAUAUUUUAAUAAAAAUUAUAAUGGUAACGAUUUAAAACUUUUAUUUAAAGAAAAUUUAUUUUUACAAGAAUUAUGUGAAAAAAGAAAAAUCCGUUUACAAAAAUAUAAAAUUGAAAAAGCCAAAUUAUGUGUAGAAAUGAAAUCGCUUUUAACUUUUAACAAUAAUUUAAGUUGUACAUUAAAGGAAAAAGAAGCAGAAAUUACUAUUUUAAAAAAAGAAAAAGAAGAAUUAGAAAGUUAUUUAAUGAAACAAUUAACUAAUAAUACUAAUAACAAGUAUGAAUUUUUAAAAAAUUUUCAAUUGCAGCAUAGUAUAAAUAAACAAGAAAAAUCCGCAAUAUUCAAUACAUGUAGUAGUAAUGGCUAUAAUAUGAUGUUAUGUGAUAAAAAUGACGCUCAAUUACGUUACACAAAUGAUAAUAAUUCAUCUGUGAUAAAAAGUUAUGAAGACAAAAUUCAAGAACUUUUAAUUCAAAUUAAAAUGUACCAAAAAAAAAAUAGUGAUUUGCAAGAACAAUUGAAAAUAUUUAUGAACGAAUAA